AAUAUUAAAAACAACUCGACUGCGACUUCUAACAAAGUCGGAAAAUACGCCUUUCUCUCCUACUCCAACGGGAGUCACGGUUCCCAACAAUAAAACGACCUCCUCCCCUGUGUUGGAAUAUAUUCAAGGGGCCCUUAUUCACAUUCUCGAGUGAUUGGGCUCAUGAUUUCUUUGACCUAAAGCACCUACUUAACUACAUACACCUAGGAGAACAUUGUUUUAGGUCGCAUAUUUCCAACUUGUUAUCAUUAUGAUGGGGCAAGCGCCGAGUACAGCUUUAUCAGACUGUCUCAACGCCGUCUGCAACAGCCGAGACAGUUGUGUUGCCUAUUCCGACAAUCCUCUUUAUCAGAUUUCAUGGGUCAAUCGAUACAAUCUCGAUAUUCCGGUGGAGCCCAUCGCUGUGACGAGGCCGGACAAUUCUCAAGAUGUUUCCGACUUUAUCAAAUGCGCCGUGGCCAACAACGUCAAGGUCCAGCCUAAAUCCGGCGGUCACUCUUACGCAAACUAUGGUGUGGGCGGCACAGAUGGCGAACUUGUCAUCGAUCUAGUGAAUCUCCAAAACUUCACCAUGGACAACAACACGUGGCAAGCUACGAUCGGCGGAGGUACCAGGCUCAGUGACGUAACGAGUAGACUUCACGACAAUGGUAAACGAGCAAUCGCGCAUGGAACCUGCCCUGGAGUUGGUAUUGGCGGCCACGCGACUAUUGGAGGACUUGGUCCGUCCAGUCGCAUGUGGGGUUCUUGUCUCGACCACGUCGUUGAGGUAGAAGUUGUUACCGCGGAUGGUACUAUUCAGCGAGUCAGCGAAACUGAGAAUAGUGACCUUUUCUUCGCAUUGAAGGGUGCUGGUGCAGGCUUUGGUGUCAUCACUGAGUUCGUCGUCAAGACACACCCAGAACCCGGUGAUGUCGUCCAAUACUCAUACUCGUUAUCUCUUGGCAAGCACACCGACAUGAUCGAUGUUUUCCAGAAAUGGCAGGCUUUGAUUGCGGAUCCUAACCUAGACCGACGAUUUGGUACCGAAUUUGUUCUGCACGAACUUGGGGUUAUUAUCACCGCUACCUUCUAUGGCACCCAAGAAGAAUGGGAAGCUACUGGUAUCCCCGACAAGAUCCCAACUGGGAACGUUUCUGUGGUUAUCGAUGAUUGGCUCGCCGUUAUUGCGCAACAGGCCGAGGACGCUGCUUUAUGGCUUUCGGAAACUCGCAGUGCCUUUACAGCUAGAAGCUUGGCUUUCCGCGCCGACGAGGUCCUUUCCCAGAACACGACUACGCAACUCAUGCAAUUCAUUGACGGUGCUGACCGAGGCACUCUUAUCUGGUUCCUGAUCUUCGACGCCAGUGGUGGCGCCAUUAGCGACAUCCCCAUGAACGCCACGGCGUAUUCGCACCGAGACAAAGUCAUGUUCUGCCAGGGGUACGGCAUCGGUAUCCCGACUCUAACCCAGGCGACCAAGGACUUUAUCAACGGCAUCAUCGACACGAUCCAAGGUAAUACCGUGGAGACUUUGACAACUUAUCCUGGAUACGUCGACCCGAACCUAACGGAUCCCCAAGUUUCGUACUGGGGCCCCAAUCUAAACACCCUAGGCCAGGUUAAGACGAAGUGGGAUCCUAAUGACGUGUUCCACAACCCGCAGAGCGUGAGGCCGGCGGAAACUGAGUAGCAAUCAAUGGCCCAUAGGAGAUUUUGUUUGAUACCCCCCCUUCUCUGUAAUUAAUUCGAUAGUAAAUACUUAGCAAGAAUAAUUUGUGCUCAUUGAAUGCGCGUUACUCUCGUCUUCGUGCAUGUUUGCGUCUGUUUUUCUUCUCUUUUUUUCAUUUGAUUGUUUCUGCAUGUUAUAUCGUUUUCCUUGGAUGCGCCAGGGCGUCUAAGCAAACUCCCUAUUCAGGGCUUGGCAUCGCUUCGCUUGGGGGUGACGCUUCACCUAUCGGUGGGGUUCCGGCGUCCAUGUGGUUGGUACCUAAUCCCUAAGCUGCAGCGCUUAUGUUUCCUUCGGGGAGUUGUUAGGUAGGGCGAGAGCUGAACAUGAACAUGGGACGACCUAGCAGCCUUGAUGCUCCCUAAAAG